AUGGAAGGUGAUGAUUCCGCUGCUGGUUCCAGUUUUGGUCCGCUGCGGUACGUGCAGGAGGUGAAACAGUUGUACCGGCACCAUUUGGACCGUGUGACGCCGCAGACGCGUGGGCGGUGGCUUGGGUUCUUUGUGUUGCAGGCGUUGUUUCUGACGCGUGUUAUUGCUUGGGGCGGGUGGUAUGCGAUCUGCUACACGCUGUACAUAUUCCAGUUGAACCAGUUUCUGGCGUUCUUGACACCAAAGUUCGACAUGUCGUUGCAGCAGGAUGAGCGGAACAACGAAUUGGAGGCCGGCGGUGCCCCCGACGAGCAAUCCGAGGAGUUCCGGCCCUUUAUCAGGAGACUUCCUGAGUUCAAGUUCUGGUACAACGUGACGCGUGCGACUUUGCUUGCGCUAGUGAUGAGUGUGACCGUGUGGACGGAUAUCCCCGUGUACUGGCCUAUCCUACUCGUGUACUUCGUUGCGCUCUUCAUGUUGACGAUGCGGCGGCAGAUCCAGCACAUGAUGAAGUACAAGUACAUCCCGCUGGACAUUGGGAAGAAGCGGUACUCCGCGGAGUAA